GCGUACCGUGUCUAAUAUACUAAUAUUCAGCAAGUGUUUCUUCAAUGCAACCGAAGGGAAUCGAAUCUAGACUUUACACUAAAUAUAAACUGAAUUUGCGUGAACUUCCGUGUGUAACCCUCACUUUGAUCGGAACUUCCGGCAAUUCUCACCACGGUCUCCGCCCCUCCAUAUACAAUGCAAUGGGCGUUUCCAAACAAAAGACAGCGAAGGGCACUUCAAAAUGGGAGAGAGCUUCCAUGAACAGCUGCGAAUAGACAGCCGGUUCCUGAAAUCGGACCAACGUCUAGAUACAGAACUGGUGGAUAAACUCAUCCUGCAGCUCAACAGAAUCUACCCACAGAUCCUGACUGACAAGGAGGCCUCCAAGUUCAGGGAUUUGGAUGUGCCCACCUGUAUCAGGCUGGCGGAGCUGCUGUCUCAUCUACAGGACAAAGGAGAGGAGGCAUGUCGAGAGUUUUACCAUGCACUGCACCUCCACGUGGAGGACGUUUAUUUCAGCUUACCCACACGUCUCCGACUCAGAGAUUCUGGUGAACCAGUCGGCCCAAUCCCGAGUCCCACAGACAGAUAUGUAAUAAAUGACCAUAGUCCGUUUUUCUUCCUUAGUUGUUUCAGUGUGGCUGUAGGAGCAGCUCUGCUGUAUUACUAUGGUGAGUCCAAGCAGGUGUCAGGCUCCAGCAGCACUCUGGGUCUGGCUGCGAUGGGUCUUAGUAGAAAAGUGCGGGACGUUCUCAUCUGGUACAUAGAAGUUGGAAAAUAAUGGAUUUUUUGCUGCCUUAAAAAGAAUUUAGACAGCAAUCAAUUCUGAAAUACUCAAUUAC